GCAGGAACAUCCUCGAACUAAAAAUGACCCAUCUGAGUGGGUCAUUCACUGGAACAGUUACCUUAAUAUGAUUCACAAGAACUUCAAUUCGAAUAACAAUUUAGUUUAUUCCCUUGUGACUGACUUCCAACAAAAAUAACUAACGUGACAAGGUCCAUAUCAAUCAAUUCUAGCAAAUUUAUUCUGCCUCUACUUGCGAUUUAGUGAAGACGCGUCUCAAACUACUCACCUUGUUGUUGCGAAUAUUAAAAAAUGAAUAACUAAUUUCUGUAGAACAAUUAUUGUUAUUACGGUUCCAGUGAAUAAAUUAAUCAUGGGACCGUUGAUAUCACUGUUGCUGGUCGCCGCGCUGAUCACCUCGCAAGCCGAUGCUGCCACUUGGACUUUAUGCAAAUAUUCGCACGGUGAAGAAAAUAUACCACGAGGGGCAGCAAACGACUACGUCGAUUUUUUACACCUAGACAGAUGCGGCAUAAACAACCUAACGGAGGAGGAUUUUAAUGUUCUCCCUAAUUUAAAUAUGAUUAGAAUAAGCUACAAUGACAUACCUUACCUGGAUCCGGCCGUGUUUCGUGGUAUAAUUCGAGUGAAGACCCUACAUUUAGAAGGAAACAAUCUUCAAACAAUGCCGGUCUUUGGUGCACAGUCAGUGCUCCCAAACUUAACAUCCCUGCACGUAACUGGUAACGAAAUAACUAAAUUAGACGAUCCAAGAACCUUCUCUUCAACAAAACUGUUGGAAGUUCUCAUCAUCAAUGAUAAUAAAAUUGAGUUUAUACAUCCAGAUAUGUUUUCUGGUUUGACGAAAUUGAAGUAUUUAUAUUUGAAUCGUAACAAAUUAACUUACGUAGACGAUAAAGUAUUUGCUUUAAGCUCGUUGAACAGUUUAACAGCAAUAUCAAUCAGAGAUAAUUUGCUAGAGUCCGUGGCGCCGGGAGCGUUCCGAAACACUAGGCUCCAAGAGUUGUAUCUGCAAGGCAACAGGCUCACACAUCUGUCUGAGGAUUUCUUCGCCACCGACGGAGCGCAGCUGACAUGGUUCUGCUAUCACAAGAACCCGUGGCGAUGCGCGUUCUUGGAUAAAAUCGUGGCAAGGAGAAAAGAAGUGGAUCUGAAAUGUGUCUACUUCGGAAGAGAACCAGUGUGUUCACCAUAAUUAUUGAUAGAUAAUCUAAAAUGUGCUGAGAGAUUAGUAAGUGCUAAUAAAAAAUAUUUUAUGCCACAAUUUUUAAAUUAAGUUUAUUUUAUUUCUUUAAAUUUGCGACCUUUAGUUCCAUUUUAUUUCAUUUCUAAAACUUCAUAUAGCACAUUGGUUUAUCCGAAUUUCAAAAUAAAACUAUUUAUAUUCUAAUUAAACCUAAAUAUAAAUAAUUCAAAUUCGGUUUUUACAAGAGUUUUCGUAUUCACAACUCUAUUCUAAUGUAAGUACAGUCACACUUGCCAGUACAAAUGGACUGCUUAAUUACUAAGCCAAGAGCCACAUAUUGGAGGGUUAUGGCCAAUUAUAAAGUUUACGCCCCCACCAUAACUAGACCUGCGGAUCCUUUACUAUCCAAUGAAAAAGCUCAAAGAAGAGAGCUCAAGAUAAUCUGGACACAGUCACCCUCGCUGGUCCAAAACUAAAUCUCAAAGUUUGGCAAACUGUGUCCGUUAGGUGUUUCCAUUUUGUUAGGUGUGAAAAGUCUGCAUUGUAUAAGUACCUAAUUUUAGUUUCCUAAUGUUCAAAUUAAGGUUUACGAAAUAAGCUGUCGUUUAAAACGCUUUGACAAUAUAGAAUUACAAGAUAUAUAGUAUAACA